UAUGAAGUUAGCUCAACCCACUAAAAGGACUGAAAAUAGUUAUAAAUCACUUCACCAAGACCCAAUUCCCAAAUAAAUUUGAACGGUGAUUACCGCAUCCAUGAGACCAUGACGCUCACUCCGCCGUGUAUCUUCGCCGUCACCUUCACCUCAGCAACGAAGCUCCACUCCAGCUUCUCUCUUUUCCAGAACUAAUUACACCGAAUCCAUUUCACUCCGCAUCCGCCACGUGACGUCUCCAAAGAAACUGGCGAACCAAUUUGGAAAUGAGUCACUGCCGCAAUAGGAUUUUACACACUUGAUGUUUCUGAUGAGAGCUAAAUGCAUCACGGAGGAAAAUAUGAAAACCAUACAUCUUUGAAUUGUUGAUGUUGGUAGUGCCCUUGUUUAUCCAUUUCUUUAAUAUAUUUAAAGAUCCAUGUUAGCCGACCCCAAAUUCUUUUGGGAUUAAGUCUUGGAUGAAGUUGUUGUAUUUAAAGAUUCAUGAUACCCUUUAUUGAAAUUCUAAUGUGCAGAUAGAUGCCACAAGGAGAUAAGGGAAAUGAGAUUAAUGUAGAAACCAACUGAUAUGACCAAAUUGAUCAAGGCAAGCCCGGAAGAGCUAAGCGCCACCAAAGACGUUUUCCUCUCAGCAUUCCGUUUUGCAACUUCUAUCGACGACCCUUCUCCUCCAUUUGGUGAUGAGCUCAGAACUUGCGCUCAAGAACAAGUGGAGUUCAUGCUCUGGGACAGCGAAAAGGAGAUUCUCGGUAUCAUCACAGCCGAUGAGGAAAUAAAGCAUGAGGCCAGAAUGGGAUUGUGCAAGAUCUUCACAUCAUUCGAGAAGGCCUUAUUCUCCCUUCUUUCAGAGCCUGACAUGAAAUACAAGGAUGUGGAGAAGAAGAUAAUGAAGAGUAUGGCUGAUGUUGAGUGGCUUUGCAAUGUUCUCAUGAAGACAGGUUUAAUGAAAGAUUUUGUAGCACGUUGGACCGAUGUAUCUAACUGUGUCUUGACAGUUGUCGAGGACAAAAGAGUCCAUUCUAUUAUGUGGGACUUAAAGGUGAAGCUACUAGAGGUCACCUCAAAAGUUUUAGAUGCUGUAGGUUAUGGUACCUUAAUUCUUCCACCACCUGCCAGAGCACAACUCCUAAAGGCGUGGCUUCCGUAUGUAAGGAAAAUGAAGCUUCUUCUUGAUUCAAUGGGAAAUGAAGAUAUAGAGUUCCCUUAUAGGAUGGAGGAAGAGCUGUCAGAGACCAUUGAGGGGGCAAUUGUGUCAUUGGUUUCUGCAUUGCCAUCAAACAACCAGGCUGAAAUAUUGGCUGAUUGGAUGAGUAGUGGAGAGUAUGUGAAAUAUCCAGACCUGAGUGAGGCAUUUGAAGUGUGGUGUUACCGGACAAAAUCUGCUAACCGUAGAUUGCUCGAGGCUCUGGAUGAACCAUCCUCUGCCUCUGAUGCUUUGGAUGAACCAUCCUCUGCCUCUGAUGCUUUGGAUGAAUCGUCAUCUUCCUCCGAUUAGUUAACUACGCUGUUUUCUUAGAGCAUGCUGACGAAUGAUCGAGACCUCUGACAUUCUUUAAUGAUGACAACCAGGAGAACCUUGGUUUCACUCUUCAUUACUGUAUGUCAAUUGAGGAGCUCCCUUUUGUACGCUUAACCUGGGUCUGUAAAGUUACUUAUUCUGUUCAUAAGCCAAAGCCUCUGUUCAACAAAAAAAACAUGACAUUUAAUUUGAAUUCCAGCCAUUCUUGUGCCUUACCCUUAGGGGUGGGCAAAAAUACUGAACCGGCAUGGUACCGAACCGAACCGAUAUGGUACCGGACCGAAAAACGGGGUUUGAAACGGAUCUCAAUUUUUUUGUCCCGAACCGAACCGUACCGAUUCUAAACAAUGCCAUGACCGGUUCUCAUAAAAUGAGAACCGAAACCGGAUCGAACCGGACCGAAGUAUGAUUUAAUUAUUUAAAUUUACAUUUAUACCAUUAUUUUGACUAGUGCCUUUACAUUUUCACCGUCUUUGCUAGUUCAUAGGAAGCC